AUGCACCUUUGGAAACUUCUACGAAGACUGCCUACAAUUAUUGUGAAACCAACGACUUCUACUAUCGCUACUACUAAUAUAAUACCAAUCCCCAAGAUGUCCACUCCUACAGCGUCUCAACCUAAAGUGGCCCAGCCGAAAUGGUACAAGCCAUCUCCUAAAAACGAUGCUGCUACAAAUAGUCACGUCUUGAAAUUAUACAACACUUUGACAAGAACUAAAGAACCAUUCAUCCCACAAUCUGGUACUAAACAAGUCUCAUGGUAUUCGUGUGGUCCUACCGUAUAUGAUGCGUCUCACAUGGGACAUGCUAGAAAUUACGUAUCUAUCGAUAUUAACAGAAGAAUAAUGGAAAAUUAUUUUGGUUAUGAUAUUAAUUUCGUACAAAAUGUCACAGAUAUCGAUGACAAAAUUAUAAUUAGAGCAAGACAAAAUUAUCUAUUCGAACAAUACGUGAAGGAAAACUCUACUGCUAUCGACAUAUCAUACAUCAAGACUGCAUUGUCUGAAUAUAUCACCAAGAAUCUGAAACUUGAAGGCGGAGAUGAAUUCCAAUCAUGGUUAUCUUCCAUCGACUUAGAAAAGGAAAAGGAAUUGAAUCCGAAGUUGCCAAUGCACAUCAAGGCAAUUGAGACAGCUCUCCUCGCAUUGACCUCCAUCCCAAAGAACCCAGAGGAAAUCAACAAUUUUUAUAAUAACGUUAAAGACGUCUUGGUCCCAUUAUUAGAUGAACAAUUAGGCAGCACUUUAAACGAUCCUGAGCUCUUCCGUAAAUUGCCUGCUUUUUGGGAGAGACAAUACGACAAGGACAUGGCUAAGUUGAACGUCAUGCCCCCAUCAAUCACCACAAGAGUCAGUGAAUAUAUCCCAGAAAUCAUCGUUUUCGUGGAAAAAAUUAUCGCAAACGGUUAUGCAUACGCUACAUCAGAUGGUUCAGUAUAUUUCGACACUAUAAAAUUUGACUCCGCAUCAAACCAUGAUUAUGCCAAAUGUCAACCAUGGAACAAGGGACAAUUGGAUCUAAUUGAAGACGCUGAAGGAUCCUUAAGUAACUUUACCAACUCAAAUAAGAAAUCUAAAAACGAUUUUGCCCUAUGGAAGGCUUCCAAACCUGGUGAACCACAGUGGGAAUCUCCCUGGGGGACAGGUAGACCAGGUUGGCAUAUUGAAUGUUCCGUUAUGGCAAGUGACGUGCAUGGCCAAUCCAUGGAUAUUCAUUCUGGUGGGAUUGAUUUAGCGUUCCCUCAUCAUGAUAAUGAAUUGGCUCAAUCUGAAGCAAAGUUUGAUAAUUGUCAAUGGGUCAAUUAUUUCUUGCAUACUGGUCAUUUACAUAUCGAGGGACAAAAAAUGUCCAAAUCUUUGAAAAAUUUUAUUACUAUUGAGGAAGCUUUGCAGAAGUAUUCUACUCGUCAAUUGAGAUUGGCUUUCGCGUCUGUGCAAUGGAAUAACCAAUUGGAUUUCAAAGAAAGUUUGAUUAAUGAAGUGAAAUCUUUGGAGACAACUUUUAAUAAUUUUUUUAAGAACAUUAGAGCUUUAAAUCAUGAUUAUAUUUCUCAAUUAAGCCAUGAUAAUAAUGCUCCAAUUUCUAAGAAAUUGACUAAUUUGGAAAGAGAUUUGUUAAAGAACUUCCACGAAGCUCAAGAUAAGGUUCAUGUUUCAUUUUGUGAUAAUUUAUCCACUCCACAAGUUUUAAAGACUUUGAGUGAUUUGAUCACUUUAUCAAAUACAUACAUUUCUAAUGUGGGGACAAAUUUGAAAAUUGAACCAUUAUUAGGUAUUUGUAAAUAUGUUACCAAAAUUUUAGAUAUACUUGGGUUCCCAGCUCGUUCUGAUCAAUUAGGUUGGGUUAACGUCUCAUCUGUUGAAACACAAGAAAGUGGAUCUAUUGAAGACGUUGCCAUGCCAUAUGUGAAAUGCUUAUCGACAUUUAGAGACCAAAUUCGUUCCUUAGCCAUUUCCGGUGCGGAUGUUAAAGAAUUUUUGAAAUUGACUGAUAAUGUUAGAGAUCAAGAUUUACUAAAUUUGAAUGUUGCACUAGAUGAUAGAAAUGGUCAAUCUGCAUUAAUUAAAUUCCUAACCACUGAUGAGAAGAAUGAGAUGUUGAAACUUAACGAGGAGAAAUUAGUCAAAGAACAAGCAAAGGCUCAAAGGAAAUUAGAACAAGAAAGAUUAAAGAAACAAAAGGAAGAGGAAAGAAGAGAAAAAGCUAGAGUUUCUCCAUUGGAAAUGUUUAAAACUGAUGCUUAUUCUGCUUGGGAUGAACAAGGUUUACCAACAAAGGAUAAAGAUGGUAAUGAUGUGACUAAGAGUAUGACUAAGAAAUUAAAGAAACAAUGGGACCAACAAAAUAAAUUGCAUCAAGAAUAUUUUGGAUAA